AUGUCUCUUCGUCGUCGUAACUCGUUCCCCAAUCUGGGAGCUCAAUACCGCGAGAUGGAGAAUUUCCGUGGUCAAGUCGAGUCGCUCCGCCGCACAGUGGACGACUUCAAAGUCGAGUUUUACGGUGAAGUCACCUCGCUCAAUCGCAAAGUGAGCGAGGAGAGCAUUGCCAGAUCGGAAGGAGCAACGCAGGCCAACAAAGGUUUGCUACAGCUCAAAGGGGACUUCAUCGUCCACAAAAGCACGGUCAGCAAUGACCGAAUCUCUCUUGAGGACCGCAUUCAGGUUCUCGAGUCUGAGAAAAAGGACUUGAUGACCCAGAAUCAGGUCAAGAAGUUGAUCGAGACCGCCUUGGCUCAGUACAAGGCUGACACUCAGACCGCCUUGGCUCAGCACAAGGCUGACGCUCAAAUCAAGCGUCAAGAGCUGGAGGAGAAGGUAGAGGCGCUGGCAUUGGAGAACGAGCGCCUGAAGCUCAUUGCCAGUUGGAGCAAGUAUUUCUUGCUUGCUGUCGUAGCAGUGGCACUCGUCGUCACUCUGUGGCACUUCGCUGGAGACGGGUUCACCGAGUGGACCCGUCAUCCAAACGAGGUUCCAGAAUGGCUGGUCGAUUAUCUUGAGCUCCGACCAACUGUCACCAUGGAAAUUCAUCAUCCUCUCCAUUGGCUAGACAAAGUCAAGCUCAGCGCCUCAAACUUGAUCAAGAAUCCCUUCUCUCCGCCACCUCUGCCACUCCCUCCGACGCCCAUGCCCAUCAAGUUCACGGACGUCCUAGGUGACCUUUGGGGCAGAUUCUGGCAUGCAGUGCUCACCGCCUGCGGGUCUGCACACGAAGCAAGUAUCACGAUGAGAGCGAAUAUGAGGGUAUUCGUGAUCAAGAGAGAUGCAUGGAAACUUGGUUUUUACAUGGAUGCGCAUGCGCGUGCGCGCACGCAUGUGACAGCAAGUGCGGUCGCUGAAGUUGCCGAAGUGGCCGAAGCUGCCAAAGUUUCUGCUGAUUGGAUCAGUGCGGUGGCACUUCAUGUGCCAAUGAUCUUUGCUUGA